GGUGUCUUCACUGCGUCAUUAAAAGUAGGAAGUGGUGAACGCAUUGUCCAUUUUGUUGUCAAGAAGUUUUACCGUCAAGCUUUUAUUUGGGGAUUUUUGGUUUAACCAUUUUUGCCAUUCGGGAUCCAGGAAGAAGAUGAAGGAAGUUCUUAAGUGUUUAGUACUUUUCUUCGGCCUGGUCGGGGCCUGUGAGUGGGAGCAGGUCGACGAUACGAACCUGGAACUGAACUCGUCCUCCAUCGAGGCCGGAGCUCAUCACCUGGCGUGGAGGUUCGACAUCUCCGAGCCGGAGCUGUGCCGGGCGGAGUGCUGCUCGGAGCCCCAGUGCCAGCUGGCCCUGCUCGGCUUCCCGAUGGACGGCAGCCCGCAGUGUGUGCUGGUCUCCUGCCUGAAAGACGGCAAGGACGUCUGCGUCCUGCAGCCCAGCUCACAGUUUCAAGUAAUCGGCAAGAAGAAGCCUCUGAGGGUCGAGCCGCUUCUGACAAUUCAGCCAAGAAACAACCUCACCAACAACGCUCUCUGUCGGCAGCCCAUGAAAGUUGGCUCGUGCCGCGCGGCCUUCCCCAAGUUUUACUACGACGUGGCCAACCAGACGUGCCGCAGCUUCACCUAUGGCGGCUGUGAGGCCAACGACAACAACUUCGACACGCUGGAAGAGUGCCAGACCACCUGCAGCGGAGUCACAGGUUCCGUCCUCCCAGAUGUGUCAGAGCUUCCCAAUCAGCAGAAAUCUGCUCGGAUGGUUCUGCCCUUCAACUAUCCAGCGGUACAGAACGAUGAUGUCGCUGAUGAAAAAGUGAUGUCUUCUGAAGAAUAUUCUGAGAGCUGCGAGGCACACCCAGAGGCGGGGCCUUGCCGUGCGGCCUUCAGACACUGGUACUACGACAGGAAGGCGGGGGUGUGCAAGGCGUUUAUCUACGGCGGCUGCAGAGGCAACAAGAACAACUAUGAGAGCCAACAGCGCUGCUUAGACUCUUGCCAAGUGACCGUGUUGACGUCCAAGAGAAUUUUGCCAUCUAACGGCCAACCCUCAGAAGAGUGCGAGUCUGCUCCUGACCCGGGUCCUUGUCGCGCCGCCUUCCCCGCCUACUACUACGAUGGCUACACCGACAGCUGCAAGCCCUUUGUUUACGGAGGUUGCCAUGGAAACCGGAACCGCUACAAGAGCACCGAGGAGUGCAUGGCUCGCUGCAGCACGGACGGUGCCUUUGAGGGGCUGAACAGAGGGCGGAGUCGCUGGACUGCAGCUUUCUUUGUCCUGCUGGCGCUGGCGGCCAUCUGCGUCCUGCUGGUGACCGCGCUCAUCAUCGCCACUAUGCUGAGACGCCUGCCGUUCUCCCGCAGUUCCUCCAUUAUCAGUGACAAAGAGGAGCUACUGCCAGACGAGCAGUCCUCUCAAGAGUCUCUGGACUUCCCUGAGACCCCCACAGGGAACACCGCCUGAGGGUCCCAAAGCUCAUGACUUCCACUACAAGUGGUUGUGCACCACCACGUGCCUCAGCAGACACCUGGAGUUUCUCUUCAUUGAUCAUUUUCUGCAGCUCAGUAAGAUAACCAAAAUGUUAUAAAGUGGAGUAAUAAACAUGUUAGUUUACAUUGGGUCCAUAAGAUAGUGUACCUAAUGAAGUGGCUGGUGGCUGGUGAAUGAUUCUACUUCCUGUCUUUUAGCUGACAAGCGGUUUAAAAAGCUUGACUAUAUUGGUGUUUGAACACUUCCAAUGAAUUUAUCACAUGACAAUUUUUAAUCUUUAUUUAACCAUUUAUCUUGUGUAGAUUAAUGUGAUUUUUAUGGUUUUAUUGAAAUGCAUUUUAUGUAUAUUGCUGCCUAUCAGGCAUAAGUUGUCAUUUUUGGAUUGACCUAAACUGUAAUAAAUUACAAUAAAACUGGAA